AUGGAUGAGAACUCCAUCACACCACCUCUGUCACCAGACAACCCGUACAGACUAGAUAUUGAGGACAGUGAUAUGAUGUUUGCUGAUGACUUGGCCAGGCAAUUCCCAUCUACCCCUAUACACUUUCCAGAUGAGGGCCAGUUGAUGGAUGUCCAGGAACCAGCACCAACAUACUCAAACCAGCGACCAUUCACUUGUCUUAACAUCGAAUCUGUGCCAAAGCAGUUAGAAAGUUUGCUGAAGACAGUUGAGGCGGCCUAUGUACCAGAUCUAGACAAUGUUGUGGAAUUGUUUGGCUAUCAGUUUGUCACUUGCCAACUGGAGCAGAACAUGAAUAAACUGUUCUUAUUUCUCAGUCAGUGGAUUUGUCGGAUACAGAACAAAAACCCACCACCAGUGUCAGAAAUACGAAGAUGGAGACAAGAUAUUGUCAAUUUCUAUGUUUUCUUAAAAUCGUAUGUUUUAAGGUAUAAUGGAGGUGAUCAACAGUUACCGCCCCUGCUGAAUUCUCUGCUGUCACACUUACACAGUACCUUAUUGUAUGUAGACACACCUACCAAGAUACAUUACAACUCCAUGUGCAGGGUUGACAGUGAUGAGUACAAUAGUUUCCAUCUAUGCCUGGAUGUGUACUGGGAAACUCUCGAACUUCUUUGUCUAAUUGUUUACAAAUUUCAAGAUUUACCCUGUCGACAAAAUUUGAUCCGAUGCUGUCACAGGAAGGAAGAGGACCCUACCUCAAUGUUCACACAGGUGGUGGACCUCGUCCUGUGGGAGUUAGUCACCCUGGCCCAACAGGUGUACAGCAAGUUGUCUACAAAAGAAGCCUUGGGGGCAAGUCCAUACCCAUGUCCUUGUGUGGAAGAGAUGUGGACUUUGUGUUUAGUUCUCCUCAGACACAAACACGGCUCUGAACAGCUGUUCUGGUUUCACAUCAACAACAUUCUACAGAUCUUACAAGAGGAGGAAGUCCCAGAAAACUCCAUGGAGAUAGAUUCUGGUGUUUUUGUGUAUCCAGCUGCUUCUCCAAUCCUAAAAGACAGAACUGGCUUCUGUUUGUGGCUAUUAACCAAACUAGCCAUGCUUCAUGAUGACUCCUCCAACACUUUGUCUCGGCAGCGUACAAGUGACUGCAAUUACCAAGAAGUGAUGGCAGCUCUGAAAAAGUCUUUAGCAAAGACAGAUUUAUCGGAGGUGGACCUGAGAUUUUACCUGCAAUGCUGUGUUACUCUUGCUGAGCAAUGGAAACCAAAUGUAUCACUCUUACUUCUCCUUUGGGAUCACUUCUAUCGCAAGCUGAACAGCAGUUUUAUGUUAAACAUGGCCACGGUGGAAGGUCUAGGGACUAUCAGUAAGAGCUCGUUAACCUUAUUAGAACUGUGCAAUCGACUUGGCUCUGGUCAGUACAAAUUUAAGCCCCAGGACACUAGUUUCCAGUUAUAUCUUGGUCUCCUUGGUAACAGUCUCCACCAACUGCUUGACUCUGGCUCCAACCAGGAAUGGAGACAGAUGAAAGGAAGGGUAUAUUCUAAGUUCCACAAACGGAGAGUACAGGAGUUGACUGAGAAUGGAUUUUAUAACUUUACAUGUCUGUUCCUUUGUCUCAGCUUGGCUGCUGACACCGAGGAUGUGACUGGAAAACUGUGUGACUUUUACAACAUGGUGGAUAUGUCAAGUCUUUCUCUGGGUACAUCUCAAGUGAUGUGGAUGGGAAUGUUCACUAUGGUGCACCUUUACCAGCAGAAAAAUCUAGAUAUUUCCAUCCUAACAGACAGACUCGGCCAAGCUUUCAGUAAUACAUGUGUGGAAUUUUCCAGUGAUGACCUUGACCCCAGACGAAGGCAUCUCUUGUGGAAGCUAAUAUCAUUCUACAUAGAAAGUGUACAGGAAGUGUUUGAAUCCAGUUCCAAACUAGGACCUGCCCAUUCCCGACUGAUAUCAGAGGGAUUUGCCAGUGUUCUUCAUGGAUGUAGAAGUAAUGAGCUUGGUCCUGUCUUAGGUACCCUAGAGGCUGUCAUCACACGCAUCAGGGAAACAAAGAAGAAGACUGGAAUGGAGAAGACUGUAGAAGACAUGUACAAUGUUCUACAGACAAGUGUCUUACCAGCUAUAAAAACACUGUCAUGCAGUCAGUCAGCCUCACCCUUACUGGCCGAUACACUGGCUGGGCUCUCUUUGCUGGCUUUUGACAGCAAAAAGGAAGACUUUAUCUGUUUAGUGAAGUUUGUACACGGUGGAAGUAUCAACAGAAGUGUGUGCUGUCGUUUCUGGAGCCACUUGUUGCCAGCUGACGGCGUGAUAACCGCCAUGUCCAGUAUGGUUCCAAACUACCAAACUGAGCUGAUCCAAACGUGGAUCAGUAGCACUGUGUUCUUACCAGCUCAAUCUCAACACCUCAUCACCAUGAACAGGUGUAUGCAGGCUCUUCCUGAAGUAAGAGACAUGAUGAAACAAGCUGGCAUUAAUAACAGUGAGAUCACAGAGAAGUCAACUUGUCUGCACUUCAUAAAGGCUAUAGACCUAGUCUACACCAAAACAACGAUGUGGAAGGAUCGAAUACAACUGCGUGAGAAGGCUAUGAACUACUUUUCUAACAUACUACGACAGUUGUCACCGAUAUUACAAACCCUAAAGCCGGCAGAAACUCUUGCUAAUGCGUAUGCAGUGAUGGGGUACAUUGUGAAAUGUUGUGCCCAGCUUCUCUUUAUUCAAGCCAAGCCAGACUGUCCCCUGCCUAACAUCAUUAGUGCAAUGGUUGUGCCUCACUUCCUCUUCAACUCUGACAAGGCUGUCAGCCCAGUUUUCCUGGCAGUAGCAAGGGAUCACUUACAUUUAUUUGUGCGAGGUUUGGGGCGUCUUGAUUAUAAAAAAGCUCCAUAUGUACAGAGAAGGUUAAAGGAUAUUGUUUCAAUUUACAUUCCAAAGUUUUGGACAAGCAGCAGCUCUCUGUCGGUAGGAACAGCGUCUUCUGUACACCCUCUCGUGGUGUCCUUGAAGGAGAGUUGUGUUCGACAGCCUAUAGAAUCUGCACUGGAGUUCAGGAAAUUUCUGUUUGAAGCUGUACUUGAGAAGUUUCUAGUCCCCUCCCAAUUCUCACUUCCACCAAACCACCACUUGGCUUUGCUGUUCCUCCGAGAGGUAAUUGGUAGGACUAAUAGUAAAGAGGUAGCAGUGAGGGAUACAUUGACUGUGCUAGGCAGUGUCCUUACAGUGAUGGUAUUGUCUGACGUACAGUCAACGCACCAAUGUGCUCAAAAAAUAGCUACAAGACUACUGGAGGAUUGUAAAGUCUUGCCUACCAACUCACCAGCUGCUGUAACUGCUACAUUAGAAGCAUUUGUAACAGUUCACAAGAAAACUCAUCUUGACCACUGUAUUAAAGUACUGGACAAGGUGUCAAAAGCUGGGGGCAUUUUUAUCAGUAACCUACUCCCAAAGCUACAGCACUACAUCGUUGACCACGAGUCUCACAGAGGAAUUGGGUCCGACUCCAAACUCAGACAAAACUACAUCAGCCUAUCAAAGAAUGUUAGCUGUAAGCACACAGAUGACAUGUGA